CGUUUGAAAACGAGUUCCGAAAAUUGACACGCCACGUAAUCGGAUAUUCUGGAAACUUCUUACCGCGAAGCUUAAAACAGUUUUAUUUCUGGAGGUAGUGAUCACUCCAAGUAUAAUUUAAAUUGCGUUAGGUCAUUCGAAACUUCUUGGGCUGUCAUUUGCUUGCAAACACAGUGCUUGAGAAAGUUAAGAAAGAGUCGAGACUCGAGAAUGCAAUAUUUUACCGACAAAGAUUUCCCCCCAAACAUAAAAUCUCUGUCUACUACCUUGGCUACACUGCCACCAAACGCAGGAUCAAUUGAAUGGAGGCGUCCUUGGAUGAUUGAGGCCAACCCAAAAUUUAUCGUGGAAGACGCAUCUAGACAUGACAUUGACCAGGGGGAAUUAGGAAACUGUUGGUUCUUGGCCUCGGCAGCAGCGUUGGCCACACAUCACCAACAGGCGUUUGACAGAGUUGUGCCCAGAGACCAAUAUUUUCAUGGGGGAUACACAGGAAAGUUCCGGUUCAACUUUUUCCUGAAUGGAGGCUGGCGUGAAGUUGUUGUGGAUGACUAUCUGCCAACACGCGAUGGGAAACUGAUGUACUGUAGCAAUACAUCAGCACCCAACGAGUUUUGGCCAUGCCUUCUAGAGAAAGCUUAUGCCAAAGCAAAAGGAAGUUAUGCUAAUCUUGACGGGGGAGAAAUAAAAAUAGCCCUUGAAGAUUUGACUGGCUGUCUUGUACAAGUCGAAGACAUAAGACAGAUGAAUUUCGGCACUCAAUCAAUUUAUGAUCUGCUACGGCAAGGACACGACGCUAGAGUGCUGAUGGUGGCUGGCAUUUAUCCUGACCCACUAGGAAAUGAUGACCCACCUAACGGACUUCUUAAAGGACACGCCUAUAGUGUCACUGGUUUACGGAACUUGGUUUAUUUUGGUAAAGUUAUACAUUUGAUUCGUCUAAGAAACCCAUGGGGAAAAGGAGAAUGGAAUGGUAAUUGGUCUGACAGUUUUUGUGCUGACCGUCUUACCGAACAACAAAAGCUGCAGUUGGAAUUUCAUUUACUAGAUGACGGAGAAUUUUGGAUGGAGUUCCAUGAGUUUGUCAAAAACUUUGAUCAGAUCAACAUAUGCCAUCUUCCAGCAAAUUAAAAGGCAAAAAAAAUCAUCUCUAUGGACAUUUUGAAAAAAAUAAACCAUAUAUCAAGAAAUCAAACCACAAUAACCAAACAAGAUAUCAAACGCCAAGUUACUAACACGUAUCAAUAUAAGAGUUUAAUGAUAAUCAAAAUAUCAGAUAAGUAAAAAAGGAAAAGAAUAAAAACAGUCUAACUGCGUCAAAGUCAAUUUAGAGCCAACAAACACCCGUCAAUGUGUUCACAUGGCCUGACGGGUUAGCUGAACUUUUUCACUGAAAAACUA